AUGUCACUUCCGCUGAAUCAGUCCGCCAUCUUGAACAGGCUUGGUUAGUGUCUGAAAUGAUCUAGAUGGAAAAAAAACCCUUGCUAUUCCGGAUUUCGGUCUGCUAUUGAUUUCAAUGAUAUUGUUUUUGUUUGUUAGUUUCUUUAAAAGACCUACUUGAUGAUCAGAUAAGCAGAGAGAUCAAUGGGCUACUAAAGACCAUCGCAAAUGUAGAUGAUUAUGGAAACCUAUGGAUCCCCAAGAUAAAGUUAAAAAGAUCCAGCAGCAACAUCGAAAUGAAGGAGUAGUGUUUUCAUUUCUCUCUAAUCGCCCGGAUUCAUUCAUUCAGCACCAAACAAAAAGUUCGAGGCAGCAGGAGGAAAAUAUAAGGAAAAAAUGUUUCAGCUUCCGGUAAACAAUCUUACACGCCUGAGAAAAGCUCGGAAAAGGGUCAAGAGGUUGUUAAGUGAUAUUGGUUUGGACUACUGCAAGGAACAUAUAGAGGAUUACAAAGAGUUUAGUCCUGAUGAGUUUUAUAUGAAACAUUUUUACCUUGAUGUAUGUGUAUGGGAUCCAUCCUGGACAAAGUCACAGGACUACAGAACCAAGCAAUUUUGCUGCUCAGAUUGUCCUUUUGCUUCCAAAUACUUCUCAGCCUACAAGAAUCACUUUCGGAAUGUUCACAGAGAUGACUUUGAGAACCGCAUCCUGCUUAACUGCUCCUAUUGCAUGUACAGUGGUAACAAACGGACUUUGGAGACUCAUGUUAAGCUUUUCCACAUGCCUUAUAACAUUGCGCGACAGGGCAUUGCCAGUCAACUUGGAGCCGUGGUGGGUAGUAAGGACAGUUUACGGAUGGACAAGCCUUUGUCGACUGACAGAAAGGAGCUAUCAAUGUAUUACUGCAAGAAAUGCAACUAUCGGGACAGAUUGUACAAUAUAGUGCGCAGGCACAUUUAUAGGGAACACUUCCAGCAUGUGACUACACCUUACAUAGUCAAAAACUCAGAGAAGCAAGAAAACAGUGAGGAAGCCACUAUAAAUAGCUCCUUUCACUGUAAGAGCUGCCUCUUUGUCCCACGUUCCUAUGAGGCACUGGUUCAGCAUGUUAUUGAGUUUCAUGAACAUAUUGGCUAUCAAGUAACUGCUAUGAUUGGCCAUACAACUGUUCUAGUAGCUUGUCCUCAGGCCAGCACAAUUCAGAGGAGUACUCCAUUCGCACCUGGUAUACCUUCACACAUGGUCCAGCCAGUUAAUUGCUUUAAUAUGCCUAAAGGAAUGCGACUGCCUUUUGGUAACCAUCACAAACCAGGUGUGACAGGACGCUCUGGCCAGCCACUGUGCAUUACACUACCUGACAAAGCUCUUUUGUCCAGCACAGCUGCCCAGUUACAUACAGGAAAACAGCUAGGUAGCUGGGUCACAUCAUCACAUGGUAAUGCCUCCAUCUUCCCUUCAGUGAAGUCGCUACCCCUCUCUUCAGUGCAUGCUGCUACUGCCAGUUUCACCUCAUUACAGGCCAAGAAAGGUUCAGCUAAUGCACCGAACAACUCACCAACACAGAAGUGGAAGCUCUGCACAAUCUGCAACGAAUUAUUCUCUGAGAGUGCAUACAACGUUCACAUUGAAAAGGUACAUCAGGUUGAAAGGGUGCAUGCUAUGGCUAAGUACAUUAUGAAGAUACACAAUUUCACAAGCAAGUGUCUUUAUUGUAAUCGCUACCUGCCAAGUGAAACUCUGCUCAACCACAUGCUAAUACAUGGACUGACGUGCCCACAGUGUCAUUCCACAUUUUAUGAGGUUGAGAAAAUGGUAGAGCACAAGAGGCAGAUGCAUCCAAAUGAACCAGGGCAUCUUCCUAUUGACUCUCCUGUGACAUUUGAUCUGACUCUUCAACAAGGCAGUCCAAAGAAUGUGCAACUUAUAGUGACCACAUAUAACAUGAAGGAAGUAUCCAACUCAUCAUUGACAUCUGUGCAAACACCAAACAAUGUUGAAUCCAGGUCUACAAUAAUAAAAGCAAAGGGGCCAAGAUCUAGCGAAUCACUGAUAUGGAAUGCACAUCAAAAUGUAGUACCCCAGAACACAGAAAUUGGUAAGACACUGUGUCCAAUCUGCUUUACAAUUCUAAAGGGUUCCAUUUCUGAAACACUUGCACAACAUCUCAGAGAUCGGCAUCAGGUGCUUCAGACUCUUCAUCCAGUUGAGAAAAAGCUCACUUACAAGUGUAUCCAUUGCUUGGGUGUAUACACGAGUAACAUGACAGCUUCCACAAUCACGCUUCAUCUUAUACACUGCCGAGGGGUUGGACAAGCUCCAAAGGUUUACAACAAGAAUUGUAUUUCAGCUCUUAAGCGAGAUCUUGUUGCAGCAGAUACAUGUGAUCCUAAGAAGAAAAAAAUUGUUUCUCAAAGUAGGAACUAUCCCACAAUAUUUGUGGAAAAGGAAGCAGACCCUGUUCUCGUCUUGGACCCCAGAGGUUACUCAGACAAAUCUUAUGAUGCACGUAAGGCUUUCUUGACUGCCUAUUUCAACCAGCAGCCAUAUCCAUCCCAACGAGAGGUUGAAAAACUUGCAGCAAACCUGUGGCUGUGGAAGUCUGACGUCAUAAGUCACUUUGCCAAUCAAAGGAGGUCAUGUGAAUUGGACUUUGUGACUCGUAAGCCAUUAGUUUUACUUGGCUUUAACAUGCAAGCAGUGAGCCAACUCAAUCAUGAAAUUAACUUUGAUUGUGAGUGGUUGUUCACAGUAAAUGAUGAGAAGAAAUGUGGAAUUUCAAGAACUACACAAAAGAGGAUGAAGGCUUCUUUUGAUUUCUCUAAUGAAAGGAGCACUAUCACCCAUGUGACAGAGGCCCUAAAUCCUGCAAAACAUACUCAAAGCAACUGUGCCUUCAAGCCAAGUCCUCGGUCUUCAAAACCCAGUGACUUUUUUAGAGAAUCUGAGCCAAAGGAGGUGUCCCUGGAUAAUAGAACAUUGAAAACUACAUCUACAUUUCCUACAGUGCUUCAGACUUGGACAAAAGAGACUGUGAGUCAGGAGAGGUUCUUGCAUAAGAGAGGUGGGAGGGUGGCUAGUACAGAUUUUACUAAGGAAGGGGCAAAGAGUCUAGAUGGUUGUGUGUCUGGUUCCAGAACUGAAGAUUCAACAUGGUCAGGGGGCAUGUCCCCAAAUGAAAGCAUUUAUAGACCAGCAGGACGAUUUGAAGAGAAGGGUAAAGAAAUGGGUUUGCUAGGCAGAUGAUCCAAGUUUUGGUCCAAGUCUCCUAAUUCUCAAGGCAAAUGUCUUUCAAUCUUGUAUUUGCCCCAGAACCUUAAAUUAUGACAAAUAAAAAUGAUUUUUUUUUUUUUUUUUUUAAACCAGUGGUACAUAGGGUACAGUAAGGAAACAUUUUACUCCCAGCAUUCCUUUUGGGAACAAGCAAGAAGACAUAGCAUACUGAAACAUAUUUCUUCACCCAUAUGUCCUAUUAUGAUUUUUAUUUUUGUGUAUUUACUCACACAGCUGAUUGAAUUGUUUCAAAGUGUAGGAAUUCUUGUUUUUCUCUGAUAAAAAUAAAAUUAACAUUGUAAUUUA